UAUUUAAGGCGAGCUAGUAAGAGUCUUUAAUAUAUUCUCUCUGACACAAGAAGUGAGCACUGAAGAUCUACUGUGACAAUGGAGACACGCAGGAUCCUCAUGAGGAGUUUGGCUGUUGCGGUGGUCAUUGCAUCUGUGAUCUGGACUACAACAGCUGCAGGUACUGAAAUUGUGUACUCGUGCUGUACUAAAGUCUCCACAGCCAAGGUGACCGAUCCCAUCAUCGAAAUCAGGAUGCAACGUCUAAGUCUUCCAUGUGUGAAGGCCGUCAUCUUUGAGACGGAGCAGGGAAAGUUCUGCAGUGAUCCUAGACAACGAUGGGUGGAGAAGAAAGUUAAACAGUUUUUCAAAAACACCACGCCACGACCAACAUCAUCUAUUAGCAACUGAGCUCGUGUGGGAGGAUCUACCCAAGCAACUGUCAGCUUAUUAUGAAUCAUGUCUAAAAGUAAUGAGAACACAUCUCUAAG